CCCAUUCAAACUUUGUUCAUUCUAUAAUUAACUAGACAUAAGCAGCGAAGAUGAUCAGCUGCGACCUUUGUAUUUGGAUGCUCAGUCGACUACACCAAUGGUAAGAUAUUAUGUAAUGAAUAUGUACUGAUACAGGAAUACAGGAUGUUGGAGUGGCCCGCCAGAUGAAGGGCCUUCGCUCGAAACGUCGAAAUUCUCCUUAUAUUUUUCAGGUACUGACUUUGUAUCCCACACAUAGUUGUAAUAUAUAAUUAUGCUAUAUUGGCCAUUAUUCAGCCAAAGUUAUUGCAUAUUAGGAGCAGAGAACAAAUUGAUUUUGUCCUCCAAUAAAUUUGUGGAUUUGUUAGGCAAAUGGAAUUUUUGUUGCAAUUUACAAUGGUUCAAAAAUGUGCACUUUUUUGGUUAUUAUUUUUAUUAGCUUCUUUCCCAGGCCUCUAUGUAGAAGUUGCAUUAAAGAUAGACCUUUCAGAAACAUUUGCACAAAGUCUGCAUGAAGCAAAUUUGUGUGCUUGUUUACCAUGCAUUCACAAUGCAAUCUUGUGACUAUUUCGUGCGAUUUCAUUAGUCUAAACAAAAUUUAAUUCAUUGCUUCUCAUUUUGUGUGGAGAGUUUUUUUUUUGUUUUUGUUUUUUUGGGGUUUUUUUUUUGGGGGGGGGGGGUCAUUAUGACCACACCCACAAAAGUCCACUGUAUUGAAGCCCUGAUAAUUUAACCACCAUUAAAGUAUAAGACUCUCUUUCUGACAAGUAAAAUUGUCUAGGAUUAGGCAGAGCGAACUUUAAAUGUAAUGUAUGGUGCAUUUGCAUGCAUUACAGCUUAGUAGGUUACCCAUAAAUGAGUGGCAGCACUCUUCCCCUGACGAGUAAAAUCGUCUGGCAUUAGACAGAGUAAAAUAAUAAAGUAGGGCACAUCUGGGUGCUUUGCCACCUAAAGGGUUAAUAACCAAUUGGAUAUAACAUAGUUACACAUUCUCCCCUUGACAACUGUUUAUCAUAUUAAACAGUAAGAAGACAAAGAUGCAUUUGGGCUGUGUAAAUGGGCUAAAACAUGCUGAUUACAUAACUUUCUAUAGGAUCCUCGUGUACUGGAUGCCAUGAUGCCAUACUAUGUGUCAUAUUAUGGCAACCCACAUUCAAGAACACAUGCUUAUGGUUGGGAGAGUGAGGAAGCUACAGAACAAGCUAGGGAGGUGAGAUAACAGAAUUAUAUACAGUAUGGUCCAUUUUAAUGCUGUAUGAAUGGGUCCAGAAAUGAUCCAGAACCCCUACAUAGGAAAUUUCUGGGAGCACAAUAACCUGAAGACAAAAAUUUCCUGCAGACCAACAGGGUAUUUUAAUUUGUGCUAAAUAUGUAUGUGCAUAAACAUAUAGUGUUCUAGCUGACCAUGGUUUUCAACUAUAUAUGUUGUUGUGCCCAUAGUGGGACAUGGGUGUUAAGGUUUACUUCAAAUUUUCAAUAGCAAAUCUUCAUUCCAAUGAAUUUCAUGCAGCUGUUUAACAUUACAUGCAAGUAGUGCUGGUGUGCUUGCCUAUUUUUACCACCCCUGGAUAAUAGUUAAUGCAUUAGGUGGAUUCCAAUUGGCAAAUUUUUAUUCUUAUUAGAAUUCCAAAACACCCUUCCGGAGUGUAUGUCACUUUGGCUAGAGACCUCAUUUUUGUGUAUGUGAUAUUAGUUAAUUCAUAAAAGUCUAUUACAUCAUAAAAACAAGGCACUAUAUACGGCCAAGGUGACAUGCUUUCCAGAAGCGUAUAUUGGAUUGCAGUUUUAUUGUUCUUGACUAGGGUUGGGCGAUAUUAAAAAAAUCAUCACGAUAUUCGAUAAUAUUGUGAUAAAUGCAAUAAAAACAAUGACCACAUUUUUUCAAUUUUAAUUAAUAUCAAAGCAUAGUAAGCUUAUAUAUAAUCUUAUUAAAAACAGGUAAAACAACAAAUUAAUUAAUAUGAAGGCUUUUUCUAGUCUAAUAUUUACUGUUCAUAAAACAGAAUUGUCUAUGCAGUGUCUACCAUGUCUCCACAGACACAAAUGCGCAAGCAAAGCCUGCAAUUCCAUUGUUCAGCAGAUCAUAAAUACAUAAAUAUUAGCUUUUGUAUCGUAUUAAAUUCGUAUUUAAUUCAGGAAAUUCUAGGGAAUGAAAAGAAUUUUUUAGGGUUUUAUAACAGCUAUAUGCACAUGUGAAGCAAUAUCACGGUUGUCAUCGAGCAUGACAAUAAUUUCGAUAUAUCGUCGCUCAAGUUUCUACCUUCGAUACGAUAAUCGUGAUUGAAAAUAUCGCGAUAAAUCAAAAUAUCGAAAUAUUGCCCAACCCUAUUCUUGACAAUGCAAUGCUCUAUUGUAAGUUGUCUUUUCAUUGUAGCAAGUUGCAAGCCUCAUUGGGGCAAAUGCUAAAGAAAUUGUCUUCACAAGUGGGGCAACAGAGUCGAACAAUUUGGCCAUUAAGGUGAUUUUAUUAGUUUAAUUUCAUUAGUAUUUUAUAACAAAUUUUAAUUUUAUGGAACUUUUUCUGAUUCUUGAACAAUGCAUUAUUUUACUAUUUAUUCUUCCAAAGGGUGUUGCUCAUUUCUACAGAAACAGAAAGAAACAUGUUAUCACUACACAGACUGUAAGUGCACACACUGGGUUUGCAUUCCAAUGAAUGAUUCCGCCUAUAGACGAAAUUUUGAUCUAGACAAGAAGAACUAAAUCCAUUACCAUAGCUGGAAAGAGUGUCUUAAAAUGAGCAAAGUUUAGUUGUGAGUUGUUGUAAAAUGAGGAAAUAUAUAGCCCUGUGAAUUUCGCAAAUUUUGUAUCAAUGACUCAAUAUUUGCUGAUUACGCGCGGGAAAAUUAUGCGCUGGUUAUUUUUACCGCGCGUAAUACAAAGGCCAGAUGAUCUUGAUACGCGGAAAAGUACUGGCACUAGUUGUCAAAUAGAAAUCCAUUUUAUGAUUAAAACAACUGAAUAUCUCCUGUAAUAUACUUUAUUUCGAUUCCAUAUUUUUGUCAGAGCUAUAGUUCUCAUAACCAAACGUAAUUACAAAAUUUCAACUAGUUUCAUAAAGAAUAACGAAAGAUAGAAUUGACUGAAUACAUCAAAAUGGAUUUCUAUUCGGACAACCCUUUCUGAGCGCUGAUUGGCUAAAAUACGAACACGAGAUCACCUUGCCAAUAUAUCCAAAAUUUGCGAACUUCACAGGGCUAUGUUUUCUUCAUUUUACAACAUUUAGCAACCAAUCUUUGCAGCUUUACUCAUUCUAAGACGCUCUUUCUAGCUGUGCUGUUGGAUUUCGUUCUUCUUACCUUGAUCAAAAUUUAGUCUAAAUCUGAAACCACACAUUGCGUUCUGGGGCCGGUUGUAUAAAACUCUUAAUCACUUUUUUAAUCACUAUUUUGUAGUUAAAUAGUGAUUAACUCUCAAAUAGGCGCGUCUUAUUGAAUGACUUUGCACUUAAUCAUAGUUAACGUUAAUCACUUUUUUAUACAACCUGCCCCUGAACAUUAAUUAACCCAUUGAGCGCCAGCGCUCUUCCCUUGACAAGCAAAAUUGUCUGGUGUUGGACAGAGUAAAAUAACAAACUAGGGUGCAUUAGGGCAUAAUGAGACUUAACGAGUUAACUGGACACAUGAGCAGAUAUUCUGUUAACCCGUUGAGCGUCAGCACUCUCUCAACAUCCUAACUCACAACUACAAUCCUGGCCAAAAACUUUGUGGACAGUACAAAAUUGUAGCAAAUUAUAUAAUACAGUCAUUUAGAUAUUUUGUAUAAUUUCCGUCAAACCCCCACACCCCCAUCUCAUUGUUGCAGUCCAAAAUGAUAUAUACAGAGUUACCGAUGCGAAAACGAUUUCAACAUUGUUUUGGGAGAGUGGGGGCGUAAAUUAUAGCAUUAAAUCCAUCCUAAACGCAUAUGAGCCUACCUGUCCACAUGAUUUUGGCCAGGAUUGUAGUUUUUGCAACAAAAUUCUAGGAACAUAAAUGUGUACUGGACUCGUGUCGUUCUUUGGAAGCAGAAGGUUUUGAAGUCACGUAUUUACCAGUCAAGACAAAUGGAUUGAUCGAUAUUAAGCAACUUGAAGGUGCCAUGCGUCCAGAUACCUCACUUGUGUCGAUCAUGACUGUCAAUAAUGAAAUUGGAGUUCGUCAACCUGUCCAUGAUAUAGGUAAGUAAUUUCUUGCUGUUUGUCACUCAAAAAUGACCGAUAACGCCUGGUUGCAUGGUGUGAGAAAGGCGGAUACACCCAUACUGGUAUAGCACGUCACUUUGGGUAUGGAGCCUUGUUUUUGUGUAUGUGACAUAGUUCAGGGACGUGCUGGGGUCUUGAAAAGGACAACAAAUGGGCAACGUCUGAUGGGGCCCAGGCCCGGUAAUGGGUGGAUCAAGAUUGGGGUGGGGGUAUUACUGAUCAAACAUGGAACAUUUCAGUCGCUAAUUAAUCUUUUUUCCACAAAAUUAUUGUCGAGCGGAGGGAGAGGGGGGGGGGGGAUUGGGGGGAGUAAAAAAAUUUCCGGACAUACCAUUUUCAGUAAAUUUCGAAUUCAUGUACCGUAAUUUGUUAAAUUUUUCGGAUAAAUUGUAAUAUCCUGAUCUUGACUUUUAAAAUUAAAAUCUGUAUUUUUUAUCUUUUCCAAUGUUUUAAUUUUAGGGGCCCAUGAUGGCAGGGGCCCACAAGCUCGUCCCUAGCCAGCAUGUCCCUGCAUUAGUUAAAGCUCAAUGUCUUUGUGACUGAUGAAGAAGAAGAAGAAGAAUUUAUUCACCCAUUAUAAAUCAUGAUUACAUUAUUUACUUUAAAUAUUAAUAUAGUAGGUGUGGGUAUUAUCUGCCUAAAAUAACCAUAGGGGCUAACUCUGAAUUGGCCUUUCUCACGCCGCCAUUUUUGGGUGGCAUUUCACCCGAAGUCUGCGAGAUAAGUCCACGUAACAGCGACUUUUUAUUUUGUGGGUGUAUGAUGGUAAAUUUACUCUGUAAAUAGUUUGUUCUGAAAUAGUGCUUUUCACAUUGUUAUAAUCGUUUACGAAAAAUCACAGUACCCCAAAAAUGGCGGCGUGAGGAAGGCUAAUUUGCUUUGUGAAUGGUUAAUAGUUUAUUUUGAAAAAUUGCUUUUCUCCUUGUUUUAAUUGUCUGCAUUCCAAUUAACGAGAAUUGGAUGUCACCCAAAAAUGGUGGAUAUUCGUCAUCGCGAGAAAGGCUAAUUUAUAGUAAUUAGGCAGAUUUAUACGUCCAUAGACAACAUAGUGGAGAUUUGUCGUUUUAAUUAGUCGGCGAAAAUAUCAGGACAAACGUAGAGACAAACAUGUAAAAAACCAGCAGCAAAAAAAAACGAAAAAAAAACACAAUUAGCCGAUCACGAAAAUUAGCCGCCAUAGCCUAUAGGUGAUGUACAAACAAUUAAGCUAUGUGACAAAGAAAUUCCAAGGAACUAAUUUGCUUUUAUUAUAUUAAAUUUAAAACAGGCGCAUUAUGUAAAGAAAAGAAAGUGUUCUUCCACACAGAUGCAGCGCAGGUGAGUGAAGUCAUAUUGUCCAUAAUCAGGUCAUGAACUAUGGCACUUUAUAAUGGAUGUAUCCACUGGUCCAAUUUAUACUAACCAAUAGGCAAUUCCAGAUAUAGACUUAAUUUUGAUCUGGGCAAGAAAAACGAAAUCCAUCACCACAGCUAGAAAGAGCAUCUUAAAAUUAGUAAAAUUGCCGAGUGUUAAUUCGGUUGCGAAAUGUUGUAAAAUGCGGAAAAUAUAGUCCUGGGAAAUUUGCAUAUUUUAUAUUAUUUUGUAUUAAGGCUGCAUUCCAGUUACGCGCUUUUCAUACGUGCGUACACGCACGUAAAAGUUAAAUUCGCUUAAAAUUUCAUAUAAGUGCAAAUAACCUUAACAAAUACACAUUAAAUCAUACACAAAACUGAAUGCUGUCCUUUUAUAAAUUUAGUUAUUUCAUAAGUAGGAUGUAAAGCGAAUUCAACUUUUACGUGCGUGUACGCACGUAUGAAAAACGCGAAAAUUUGGGCCGAAAGUGGUUCCCGUGCCCCAGAAACGAAUUAUCAUCCAAACUACAUUUUCUUUGCCCAAGUUUGACAGAUUAUCGGUCUUUAGUAAUGAGCGGAACACUAUUAAAAAUCAGGCUUGAAUGUCAUGUAAUUAUCUGUCUAUCUUGAUGACAGGCUGUAGGAAAGAUUCCAGUUGAUGUCAACGAAAUGAAUAUUGAUCUAAUGUCAAUAAGUGGCCACAAACUCUACGGUCCAAAAGGUGUUGGUGCGCUGUAUGUGCGUCGAAGACCCCGUGUUCGCCUCGAACCUGUGUUCAGCGGCGGUGGACAGGAAAGGUAUGUAAGGGUCUGAAAUAGGUCCCUACUGAGAUACCAGGUUUCAAAGUUCUAGUAUCCCACAUGGCUGGAUUUCAAGGGGAGGUGUGAGGAGGUGCGCACCUCCCCUGGGAUCAUUUUGCACCUCUCCUGAAAAGUCAUGCACCUCCCCUGGGAUCAUUUUGCACUUCCCCUGAAAAGUCAUGCACCUCCCCUGGGAUCAUUUUUGCACCUCCCCUGAAAAGUCAUGCACCUCCCCUGGGAUCAUUUUUGCACCUCCCCUGAAAAGUCAUGCACCUCCCCUGGGAUCAUUUUUGCACCUCCUCUGAAAAGUCAUGCACCUCCCCUUGGCCUUGGGAAAGUUUCAAUGAUAGAUCAAAGUGAAAAUUUGACAUUUUCGGUUGCUUAGGGUCUACACUUUCUAUAAAAUUGAAACAGUGAUAUAGCCAUUCAUCUCUGUGUGAUGUACCCUUUUAAUGCAAUGUUUUGAAAGAAACUUUUUGUAAUGAAGGGCAAAAUUGGAUGACUUGUACAGUCACAGUUGUGACUUUGGCCCGUUCUAAGCCCUAACUUUCCAUGGGGUCGUGAGCUAGACCGCUGGACCUCCCCCAACUUUUUUCACCUCCCCCACUAUUUCCACCAAAAUCCGGCUUUGGUAUCCCAUCUAAGAAUCCAGUAUCCAAUUUCUGGAUACUGGUUACCUUACAUUUUGGCAUCACUGAACCAUCAAAGUAAGCAUAUAGUACAUGUCUCUCAUUGUUAUUUAUAAAUUACAAUAACAACAGAAGACUCAACAGUCAACAACUAAAUGACCAAGUUAGAAACCAAAGGCUGGUUAUUUCCAAGAAGUCAGACUCAAGCUAUUGGGAAACCACCAGAGACAUUUAGCAUUAGCCUAAUCUUUGAAAUUUUGUAAUAUCCAGUCGGGAUACAAGUCAUUGUUAUCCAAAACCAAAUGUUAGAAAAUGGGAAUGGAAAUUAAGUUAUUUUUGUUCUGUUCUUUCCCCACCCCUCCCUCCUUCACGUUUCAACAUACGAGAGAUUGUUGAAGACAUUGUUGAAGAGAAUGUUGAAGACAUUGUUGAAGAGAAUGUUGAAGACAUUGUUGAAGAGAAUGUUGAAGACAUUGUUGAAGAGAAUGUUGAAGAGAAUGUUCAAGAGAAUGUUCAAGAGAAUGUUGAAGACAUGCCUGAAAUUCUGUUUUUCAGAGGAAUGCGAAGUGGUACAGUGCCUCAUGUUCUCGUCGUUGGUCUUGGAGCAGCUUGUGAAGUUAGUGAACUCGAAAUGGAGGUUUGUCCACUUGCUCAGUUAAACAGUUGUGGUAAAUUCCCUUUAAAGUGCCUAUGCAAGAAUUUUUUUAUGAUUGAGAAUUGCAAAGUUCAUUUAAAAUCGUAAUGUAACUUGCUGUAUUUUCUAAAACUUUGUUAUCUUUCCUGUAUAUCAAGAUUUUCGACUUUGUUUGAUAUGCAAAUGUGACUUAAAUGACGUCACACUUCAUAACGAGUUUUUAGAAAGAAAACGUUUCCUUGCCAAACAUACUUUAAGAACUAUCAAAGCUAUCAUUUCGUCUGCAAUUUGAGUUAAUGACAAUUUUAUUAAGCUAAAAAACAAUCUUCUGUAAAACACAUUGUGCAGUGUGGCGUCAUUUAAGCCAUAUUUACAUGCCAAAUAAAGUCCAAUAUCUUGAUGUACAGGAAAGAUAACAAAGUUUUAGAAAAAAAGUUACAUUAUGAUUGCAAAUUAACUUUGUAAUUCAGUCAUAACAAAAAGUUCUUGCACAGGCACUUUAAAUGGGUAAACAAGUUAAACGCUUGGAUCUGAAAAUAAGUAGUUUUGGCCUUUCAUCAAAAAUCAAGUUUUCGCACGUCUUUUUCUUCAGUAUGACCACAAACACGUGACAAAGCUCUCCAAGCGUCUUGUGGAAGGCAUAAUGUCUCAAUUACCUCGCGUCGUAAGGAAUGGUGAUGUAACAGAGACCUAUUCUGGUUGUGUGAACUUAUCAUUCUCGUAUGUUGAAGGAGAGAGUUUGCUUAUGGCAUUGAAGGAUGUUGCCCUCUCGUCUGGCAGGUGAGUGAGGCAUGUUGGGAUAGUCGUUAUUCAUUUAUCAAGGCCAUUUCCCACUAGGCGGAAUUUUCCGCGCGGAGCGGAAUUUCUCAUUGUCUUUUCUUAACUUAUCAAAAAAGUUCUUUGUUCAAAUUCGUCCACACAGAUUGCCCGUGUUUAGUAUAAAUCUGGUCAAAAAAUUUUUUCUUAUAUCACUAGUGCUUGUACGUCAGCCUCACUCGAGCCUUCCUACGUACUUCGUGCCAUUGGCAGUGAUGAGGAUCUCGCCCAUUCAUCAAUCAGGCUAGUAACAACUCGAUCUUUAAUCGUAUUGUAUGCCUUGUUUAUAUCUUAUCUUUAAAAGGCAAUUUUUUUUUCAGUUAUUUGCGAUGCAAAAAGUAUUCAAAUACUUCUAAUACCUAAAAUGUUUUUGGCGUUCCUCUCAAAAUUACUUUGUUUUAGCUUUAUUUUGCAACUUUUUAAAAAAUAUCUUGCGGUUGAGAAACACAAAAUAAUCGUUAUAUAUAUUGUCAAUUUAAUUACAGUUAUCAUUAAUGGAUGUAGAGGCUCCUCCCCUCCUCACAUGCUAUUUGUUAUUGUUUUUCAGUAACUCGCAGGUAGGCUAGCCCCUUCCAUUGAACUAUAAAUAAACUGGAAGGCUAACUCAGGGGGGGGGGAUUGAAGCCAGUGCAUUUAAGUUUUUCUGAGUUAUGAGCAGAAAUACUCAACACUGAACGUUGGGCUAUAUAUCAAAUUGAAGCUAUUGAAAAACGCUAUUUGGUGUAGAAAUUUUAAGAUUUUAGCUAAAAGGGAAGUAUUGAAAAACUACAAACAUAAUUACCGAUAAUUUGCCGUUUUGCAGUUGUUUUUGUAUUUUUUAAAUAUUUUUCUUUUCGCUGAAGUCUUGAAAUUUCCACACCGAAUAGCAAUUUUCAAUAGCUUCAAUUCGAUAUAUAGCCCGACGUUUGGGGUCAAGUAUUUCUGCUCAUAACUCAGAAAAACUAUUUUGGCUUCAUCAAAUCAUAGGCCUUCAUCAUAGCAGUUAGCCUUUCAGUUUAUUUGUAGUUCAAUGGCCCCUUCUCUUAGCCCGCGACUAGCCCGCCUGCGAGUUACUGAAAAAAAAAAAGAUAACAAAAAAAGCCUCUGCGGAGAAGAGUGCAUGAUGCUGUAAAAUUGUAUAUAUUCAUUAGUUUUGCGCGCGUGUUACAUAACAUACAAAUUCAACGAAAUUAAUGCUCAACGAAAAUAAAUUUCAAUUUGAAAAUAAAUUUUAAUUUGGAAAUAAACUUUUUCUUGACAGAUUUGGAAUUGGCAGAUUUACAACUGAAGAUGAGAUAGACUACACUGUCGAGAAAAUCGUUAGCCAUGUACAGCGGUUACGAGAAAUGAGGUUAGGACAAAACUGAACAGAUAGCUCUAUCAGUUCUAAAAUGUACUCCCUAAAGAAAUCCAGUAAGGAUCAUGUAUUAUUGCAUUUAUUGAUCUAGUGUUACUACAUGUAGGAGAAAAAAAACCUAAACUAAUCUAACGUUUUUUGUACUGGAUAACACUAUCAGUCUAAACUGCUCUCCCUAGCUAGCUAGUUAUCUAGUAAGGGUCAUAGCAGAAAAUAAUGGUGGAUCCUGGCAUCUAGGAUUAGAAAAUUUUCAAAUUUUCAGCUUGGCAGAAAUGCUAAGGGACCGGUCAUUAUUUAUGGCUGGGGGUGGCACAGAAGAGAAAUGUUUUUCGUGGCAAAAAUUUUGCUGACCCAACCAUUAAAAAGUCAAAAAUUUGAUUACCUAACCUCAAAUAUCAAUUAAAAAAUAAAUACCCACCCCUGGCCAAAAACUUUACAAAAGGAUACCAUUCAGUUGUCACACAUAUCCUUUAUCACUUCUGUGACACGAGCAUGAUAACUGCUAGUGAAAUUUUCUACAGUGUAAAGUUUCAUAUUGUCUGCACAUGUGCUUUCUUUGGAGACACCAUAAAUAUGGCAAAUGCCUCCUGACAAAUCGGAAAAUGGUCAAGAUAGUGACUCUGAUUGAUUGAUUGAUUGAUUUACAUAUUGUAUUGACAUAUGACUGUUGACAUUACUUUUUAGUCUUCAAUAUUUGAGUGAAUCAUGCUUUGGAAAUGACAAUACAUUUUUAUUACCCAAUCCUUGAGUUGUUUUGUUUUUCAUUUACCCAACUUUUUACUUACCAACCCUUUUCUCUUCCCAACCCUUUUCUCUUCGUUGCCACUCAGGAAACUUCUCCACAGAAAAAAAAAUUUGUAAAAUGUGAUUUUCCGUCGGAAAAAAUUUUGAAGUUGAACAUUUUCAAUUUUUAACAAUGAUAUUUUCGGAAAAUUUUCUGUCCGUGGAAAUUUUUCUUGAGUGGAAAUGGGCCUUAAGAGUCAUCCCUGAUUUGUCCACCGUAUUACUACGGGAGGAAAUCUGGAUCUUAACGGCACAGAUGUGAAGGUUCGUGCGUUUAUUAUACUGUGCUACCAAUACCCCAACCCCUCCCCCCUCCUGUUUGUGGUAAGUUAUUCGCAAGGUUUUUUAACUCACUAUUUUUUUUUAGUCCGUUGUGGGAAAUGGUCCAAGACGGAAUUGAUUUAAAAACUAUCAAAUGGACCCAGCAUUGAAAUGUGGUAUGAUGCAGAAAAACUAUACGGUAGAUUAUACACUAGUGUGUACAGUAUGACGUUGUAAUUCAGUACAGCGACUGCGUAGAUUGUAGUAACUGGAAUGGUCUGUGUCAGCGUAGGUAUAUGGACCCAUUGCACUGACGUCACAAAUCCUUAGAGUGUCCUCCAGAUGCUCCCUAACAAUAUCUGUUCGGGUACAACAACCACAUACAGCGCAAAAAUUAACCAUUUUAAUACAAAAUUAUUAUAAACUUUCACAAAAUUUGCUCUGUUUACAAAAGUUAUAUUAUGCAUAUUAUGCUAAUUUAUUUUCCAGAUGCAUCGUCACCGGCGCUGUGACGUCAUGUGCAAUGAGUACAUAGUGACAAAAGCACCAGAAAACUGCGGAUAGAUAGGGAUUCAACUACCUGAAAAAUACGAGUAAAACUUGGACGUUUCGAGCGUUGGGAAGUUAGUAUAGCCUGAAUGGCACGGUUUUCAUUUGUUUCCAACCAUCAAACUGACGUUAUAGAUCAAUUUCUAAAGUUGAUUCUUUUGGGAUUUUAUUCGUAUUGGUUAGGGUUAGAGUCAGGGUUGGGGUUAGGGAUUGGAGUCAGGGUUGGUGUUAGGGGUUAGAGUAGGGGUACGGUUUGGGGUAGUUACAUAGUCAUUUAACACCUAAUCCAUCUUCCGGAAAUGACGUCACGUCAGUUUGGUAGAUGGAAACAAGUGCUACCCGAAUGACACGUGUAUUUUCCCGAACCAUGCUACUAAAUUCCCGACAGUGGCGGACACUAGGGGGGUACUGGUACUAAAUCUCACAACGUAUGCAAUGAUCAAGUGAGCCUUAGGCGGACACCGAAACUCCUUUGGCAUACAUGUUGAAAAUUUCGCCCCCCCCCCCAAUAUUUCGUGAAGUGUCCGCUACUACUUCUCGACGAAGGGCCUUCGCUUCAAUUGAAUCCCUAGUUGAAGCCGAUAUCAGGAUGUGUUCUCACUCAUGCUUGUUCCCAGUUGUUGUGACAAGUCUGGAACAAUUUGGUAUCACUUGUUAACAAGGUUGAUGAUGGUAACAGAUUUGCUACAAGUUGUUCCAACGAAAGACUAAUACAAAGCUUUUUGUAUCAAAUUGCUACGAGCUUGCAGUCAUCAACUCGUUCAACAACUUGUUACGUUCAGACGAUGUCAGACUUGUAGGAACAAGUCUAUUGGCCUCAUCAACCUUGUUUACAUGAUGAUGAUAACUUGUUCCAGACUUGUCAACAGGUGGGAGCAACCGAACAGGCAGUGCGAACACAUCUUGUUGACAAACUGGGAGAUUCAGUUAUGCGUGUGGAGGCCUUCACUCGAAACGUCCAAGUUCGGCUAAUAUUUUUUCAGGUAGUUAUAUGACAUUCCAGGGAUGGAUUAGUUCUGGGGGGAAGGGUUGCGCAGCCCACCUAGCCCUGGCCAGAGGGGGUGUAGGGGGUGCUAUUUUUCAUAAUAAAGCAGAAAGGAGAUGCAGUAAUGUGAGUAAUAACAUGAUGAUAUGCGAACUGUGAACAAUAAUUACAAUUCAAAUACACUAGUCAAGCAAGACUUUGCAGUAGUCAAGCAAGUUUAUGGGCGGGCGGCGCACAUGACCGACUCAACUAAGUCAGCACCCAGAGCUAGCAGAGCACCCCCUACGAGAUCAUGCCGGAUCCAUCCCUGUGACAUCCUUCACACUGCAGCUGUCUGUUAUCAGACGAUAUCAGACACUGCGAUGUUAGAAUGAUAUACUUACAUUUGCACCGAGAUUCUGUCUGAUAGAACGGUUGCCUAUACUAUCAAAGGUAAAGUAAUACGAGCAACAAAAUUACAGCAACUUGCAAUAAAAUCUGAUUUCAGCGCAUGUUAUUAGGAAAUUUGUAGUGAACAUUUCAAUUAAGUAAUUAACAUGCGUUGAAAUAAGAUUUUAUUGCAAGUUGCUGCAAUUUUGUUGCCCCGUGUUACUUUACCUUAAGAGAGGCGCACUGCCAUGAAGGAUCGAACACCACAGUAAAUUUGCGAUAAAUUACAAGGGUUUUAGUGGUUGAUGCUAACUUUUUUCUUGGGGGGAAGGGGGAGUGAUGACUUUCCCAACAGGAAGAAUCGAUUGUUUUAACAUUGUCACUGAAACUUGUCAAAGUUCCUUUGGCAAAUUAAAUUUUUUAUUGCAAUUUGUCGUGUGUGUUGACUGUGUCCGUUAGUUACUCUAGUCUCACAUGUAAGGUACUCGUGUCGGCUUUGUAAACAAAAUAUUGCCAGGCUCUUUUCGUUUUGAGGACUGUUAAGUAUUCACCAUUGUCUUGUAAAAAUAAAUGACGGAAAUGAAUAUAUUGAAGACGAUGUUAAACGUGCGAUUCUGUUCUCGCGUCAGCAGCGCCACAGGUCAAAUUUCAUUGCGUGCCUGCGCAAGAGAAGAAAUCGCACGUGCAUCGUGGUCUGCGCAGCAACGCAAUAGAUGGUUUCAGCUAUAAACUAAAUUUUGAUCUCGGCAAGAAAAACGAAAUGCAUC